AUGAUAAAUUUACUUGAACUCACACAAGUAGGAACUAGAACCUUUAAAGGUAUACUCAUCUUCUCCUUUAGUUUUGUAUGCUUUAUCCUCAGACUAAUUGAAACAAUGUUAGUUUGGAUAUACACAAAUUUAAUAAAGCAAGCAUUUAUAACGUGGUAUACACUAGUGGGAAUAUUACUUUUUACACCACUAUCGAUAUUGCUGCGAACAACGUUUCAAUAUUUGAUGUUACCUUUAAAUAUCCCACUACGCAUUUUCUUCAAUUAUACAAUUCAAGAAUUAGUUACAGGUGUUGACAAAAAGGAAAGUUUUUAUCUCUUCACAACUAUGUUGCAAUAUACAUUGGUUUUGUUCUUAGCAGGUUCCAUAAUCGGGUUAUUCUUAGGAUCAAUUCUAGGGCUCUUGCAUUCUACAAUAAGGAUUCCAGGUAUCUAUAUUGAUUUUCCUAAUAUUAUUUUACGUUGGAUUCCAUCUGUGAAACAGAAAAUAAAUAAGGUUACUGAUUAUAUUUUUAAGACAUUUGGGAACAUUUAUAAUUUCAGAAGACCAUUUUCCUCUAGUUCAAACAACACUAAGGAUAUGUCAAUAAAUUUAAAUUCAACAGGUACUCUGACGCCCCCAAGAUCACCUACACAUUUGUCUCUAAAUAUAGAAAAAUAUGAAGACCAGCACCAUCAAAAAUCAGGAAAGAGGGAUUCACUUAGUGGAUGGAAAGCAGUUAACUCUACCAGAACAAGAAGUUCAGUCUCAUCAAAAGAGGAUGCUUUGGAAUUGGCAUCAAUUCUACCAAGUAAUUACUUUCAAGAAAAUGAAACUACAACACCUGUCUUAGUCAAUAAAGAUACUAAAACAAUAUACAUUCGAAGGAACUCAUCCAAAGAUCCUCUGGAUACGCAUAAUAAUAACAAAGAAGAAGAGGAAGAGGAAGAGGAAGAGGAAGAGGAAGAGGAAGAGGAAGAGGAAGAGGAAGAGGAAGUGGAAACAUCGAUGUCAAACAUAUGGGAUCGUUUUGAUGAUAUACCAUCAACGUUGAGAACAGAAAAUGAAGAAGGUACAUCAAUGGGUCUCUCAAUGGGAAUAGCCACUAAUAUCAAUUCAGAACAGAGAAUUUUGAACAAACUCAAAAAUAGGAAAAAGAAAUAA